UUGAGGAUCGAUGAAAAUUACAAUCCAUCGGUGCAGGUUGACGAGGAAUUUAUCAGAGAAUUUGCCGAACUGUGCCUCAAGCAUACUAAACUCAUUGAGAAUGUGGAGGCCACGCGACAGAUGCAAACUGAUUGGCUACGAUUAUGUGAACAACGUAAGAUGGCCCCUUUGGCUUUACGUCUCUACGAUCUGUUCAAGAAGUACGGUGUGGAUCUACAGGAUGACGAAAAAGUACGGCUUUGGGAGAUGAUUGGAGAGCAUGACGUUUUGGCGAAACGUUGGAUUUACGAGCCAGAAGGUUUCCUUCGCAUCAAGCCUGAUGAUGAACUGGUUCGAAACACUGACGUCUGGCAAAUUCAGCAAGCUCUCAAAGCUGAAGUUUCUGCCGCGCGAGCCUCCGUAUAG